AAACCAGCUGACUGAACCUGAAAGGCAUGCGAGACCAAAGUAGCUGCAGCCCCAGGAACGCGCACGCAUACCUGAAGCGAACAUGGACAAGAUGAAAAGGCUGAGGUCAGACUGGCGAUAUCCCACCACUUUGCUGUGUAUCUAUGGAUUUCUUAGCACGGUGAAGCCGCUGGAGCCUUUUCUCAUACCAUUCCUGACAGGACAGGACAAGAACCUGACCACUGAACAGGUCAACAACCAGAUCUUCCCCGUGUGGACGUACUCCUACCUGUCGGUGCUGGUGCCGGUCUUCCUGCUCACCGACUGGCUGCGCUACAAGCCUGUGGUGGUUCUCCAGGGCGUCGCGCUCUUCAUCACCACGGCCCUGCUGAGGUGGACGGAGAGCGUGCCGGCCAUGCAGGCCAUGCAGUUCUGCUACGGCGUGGUGACAGCCAGCGAGGUGGCCUACUUCUCCUACAUCUACAGCGUGGUGGACCUGGAGAGAUACCGUAAGGCCACGUCUUACAGCCGCAGCGUCCAGCUCUUGGGGUACACCGCCGGUUCGGUGCUGGGUCAGCUGCUGGUCAGCUUCGACCUCAUGUCGUACGACGACAUCCUCGUGUUCACGUUGGUCCUCACAGCCGUCGCCCUCGUCGCCUCCUGCCUCCUGCCCAUGCCGCAGAGCAGCAUGUUCUUCCACAGGAGACGCUUUGGGCAGAGGGCGUCGAAGGAGGGCGGAAAGAGGCGCAGAGACGGAUCGAACGACGAGGCAAGGGACUCGAAAAGAUCCGACACGUCCCGGGGAGACGGAGGAGACGAGGAGGUGCAGGGAGUCGAGGAGAGCGAGGAGUCGGAGGAGAAGGAGUCCUGCAGCCGGGUCGUCGUCCAGCUGUGGAGGGAUUUCCGCCGGUGUUACUCCUCCAGACAGCUGUUGUACUGGUCGGUGUGGUGGGCGAUGGCCACAUGUGGAUAUAACCAGACUGUCAACUAUGUGCAGGUGCUGUGGGAACAUGUGCAGCCUUCUCAGAACUUCAGCAUUUACAACGGAGGUGUGGAGGCAACGUCCAACCUGUUAAGUAAGCCACCUAAAUGUCAACAGAAAACAGAAGUAAAAAGGAGUGCAGCAACUGCCUAUGGCAUAGGCUUCACAGAUGUGAGAUGGGAGCAGUGGGGGGAGCUGUGCCUGGGCGGCUUCUCGGGACUCGGGGCUGCCUCGUUGUUUCUCAUGACUUUCACUGAGAACAUCUGGGUCUGCUACAGCACUUACGCCAUCUUCAAGUGCCUGUACAUGCUGCUGAUCACCAUCGCCAUGUAUCAAAUCGCAGCCGACCUGUCGAUGGAGAGGUACGCUCUGGUGUUCGGGGCUAACAACUUUGGAGCUCUGCUCCUGCAGACCAUCAUCACUUCUGUCGUGGUGGACAGCAGAGGGCUAGGCCUCGCCAUUGUCCCGCAGUUUAUCAUCUACGCCAGCUACUUCGCGGCCAUCUCUGUGGUUUUCUCCGUUCGGGGUCUGUUCAGCAUCUAUAGAGCACAGAAAAUCAAAAAGGAACAAUUGUCUGUAGACGGAAAACAAUCGGAAAUCUGUGAGGAACACAAGUUCUGAAAUGGCAACUUGGAGAUAGCCAGACUUUUUGUUUUGCAUCAACCUGUGGCUUGAAAUUACAGAAUAAAUCAACUUUCUUUC